AUGUCUACUCGCACCAGAUCGAGUAUCCCGGCCACGCCGCGUGUAAUAUCACCGAGUCCAACCCCUUCAGACACCCAAGACGAUGGCUAUUUCGGCCCCGUAACUCGUUCUGCAGCCCGAAGACGCCAAACUGGCAGCAUAACCCCGCAACUACCAAUACAAGAAGAAAGCGUCGAUGAGAGCGAGUCGGACCCCGAACUCCGACGUGCCCGCGCGCGAUCUCGGAGUCCUAUAAAGGCUCGCAAGGUCUCAGGCCUCGCGUCAAAUACAGGCACGCGUUCGACAAAAGCUUCCAAGUCCAAAGAGUUGGAAGUCACGGAGCACGCAAACGGCAUGAUCACGACAUCAAAUGGCCACUUGGCGCCGCCCACACCCGCAACGCCAUCGGGAUGGAGUUGGCGCGACUUCAGCCGAAGUCCCAGCCCUCUUGGGCUGAUUCCCAUACACCGGCAUUUCAAGACUUUGAUACACAAGCAUGAAGUACCUCGGAAGGUUCUUCACGUGUCUAUCGGCUUUCUAGUGUAUUGGCUUUACGUGUCAGGCACGCAGACCUCGAGGGUUACGCCGUGGUUGAUGGGCUUCUUGAUCCCCAUCGCAACGACAGAUAUUCUGCGACACACGUACGCAUCGCUCAACCGCUUCUACGUCAAAUGCCUCGGAGCAUUCAUGCGCGAGAGCGAGUACUCUGGCUACAACGGCGUCAUCUGGUAUCUUCUCGGCGCGUGGACCGUCCUGUACUUCUUUCCCAAGGACAUUGCUGUUGUAUCAGUCAUGCUACUCAGUUGGUGCGACACUGCGGCCAGUACCUUUGGUCGCUUAUACGGUAGAUACACGCCGCGCCUUAGAAGAGGAAAGUCUCUCGCAGGAUCGCUAGCUGCAUUCCUGGUCGGCGUCGUCACUGCUGCAUGGUUUUGGGGCUGGGUUGCACCCCACACACCAGCUUUCCCGGGCGAUGAGCAGAAUCCAUUCAUGUUUAAUGGCUUACUCAGACUACCAGCCGCCGCUGCCGACCUUUUGGGCCUCAGCGAAGAACAAGCAACCGUCAGUGGGACAGUUGCACUGGCCGUCAUGAGUAUCUGGUCUGGUCUUGCUGCUGCGGGUAGCGAAGUCAUAGAUCUAUUUGGCUGGGAUGACAAUCUCACAAUUCCGGUUCUUAGCGGCAUUGGCAUCUGGGGGUUUCUCAAGAUCUUCGGCUAA